AGUUGAAGCUCGUUUGUUGCCACAGAAGCACUACGUGCGUGCGUGGUGGGAUAAAAAAAAUAAAUUUCCCGUCGAACGUACUGCAAAAUCCGUGACAUGGUGUUGUAAAGAGUGAAAAAUUCUGUGUUUUUGUGAGUUUCAAGUGUUAAGAAAAGGUUUUUCUCUAAAGGAAAAUUCCUCAAAAGAAUUAUGUUUAACUGAAAGAUAAAAAAAACUGAGUGAAAGAAAAUCAUGAAGAAGUGACGAAUGUUGGUAAAAGAAAGACAAGCUGUGUUGCUAAAAUGAGAAUCUGUGCGGAAUUUAUGAUUUUAUGUGAAAAAUGGACGGACUUUCGAUGAAAUUGCGUGAUGUGAAAUGGACUUAUGCUGCAGCAGUGCUUGUGUGUACACCGUGAGUGUUGAGGGGUGACUUUUCCACUCUUCUUCGCUUUACCUACGUUUCACCUCCAACCCCAAAGACUCUGUGCUACCUGUAUUCAUUCCUCUUUCACUGCCACACUAUUCUCUGCUCUUCCAUCUCCCUCAUUUGGGCACAUCACGACAUCGCUGCGAAGCUGCAAUUCGGACAAAACGAUUUUAAUGCUGUCUAUGGUGACUAUGUGGCAGAGAAGGAGAGAUUAUGCUGCAUUGCUAUAUAUAGUUGUGGCAUUCUAGCACAUAAGAGUCUGGGUGUGAAGAGCGUAUUCGUGGCGAGAUCGUUGCUUCAGCCGAAAAUUUCCACGAUUCCGCGCAUUUUGGCUUUAGCAACAUUGAAACUCCGGCAACAGCAGCCAGUGCUGAGGUAGUGAAACACAAGGAAGGAACUAUAUAAGCAAGGGGUGCACCUACAUACAAUUCAGUUGGACUUGACGCGAUCGCGAGUGCAGAACUACGAACGCGCCAACAUAGGAAGAACUCAAGAAAAAAUCGCGACUUAUUCGUUACAUAUAGUUUUGCAGAGAGAAGAGAAGAAUUUGAGAAAAUAAAGGAGCUAAUUGUGCUCUAUCAUAGAAGAAUAAGGAAGAACUUUAAGAAGGUUGUGGUGCAUGCAAAGGUGGCAAAGUCAAAUCCCAAAUGGCUCCCAUUUUUUGCUCAAAGUGCUUCUUGUGAAAAUUAAAAGAAGGAAAUUUGAAAGGAAAAUUUUGAAAGAAAAUUAGAAAAACUGUGGCUAUAAAUUGGAUAUCAGUGUAUCCUCGGUGAAUUUUUUGUGCUGCAAAAAAAGUGGAAAAGUGUUCUUUCCAUCGCCCAUAGAACGUGUGGGGCAAAUGUGUAUUGCGGGGGAAAAGUGAGCACAUUUAUUUUAUUUUUCGUUAUUCUGUGCUUGUGAAAAUUCUCGGUGUUGGAACCGAAGAAUUCUGAGGAGAGCCAAGUCUGUGAUUUCUCAAACGUGGUGCGAAGUUUUUCUUUCAAAAGAAAAUUUCCCUUUUUGUGAGAAAAUUCGAGGGAGGAAAAAGAAAGGAAAAUCCGUGUCUAUGAAACGAAUUUAGAAGAGAAGGAAAAUUAGGAAAAGCUUAAAAGGAAGCAAAGCUAACGGACAGAUGGAAAGAAGAAAUUAUGAUUGAGUGCUAAGACAGAGAACGCCCAACAUCUCAAUCUUGGUGUUGUUGUGUGGAAAGUGACCGCACGCGAAAUGCAUUUAAUUGCAACAAUGAAAAAAUUCAUUCAACUAACCAUCCUAAUACUCCAUGUAGUGUUGGGUGGUGGGCAACAGGCACCAUCAGAGCAGCAGAUGACCCGCUACGAUGCUCCCGAUGAUUGUCGCUACGCCUUGACGGGGAAUCAGGAUGUUGCCCUCUUUUGUAUCCUUCGCACCGUCAAUAGUGAAUAUGAUACAACAAAUUUUAGUGUUAUCAGUUCGGCUCUCUCAGAGCACACCGUUUCCCUUUCAAUCCUCUGCAAUGACCAAAUUAUGGCACGAAGUUCCUUGGAAUCCAAAAGUUUCGUCCAUCUCACGCGUUUGCGGGAGCUCUCGUUGGAAUACUGCAAAUUUGCCAAAUUCAACCACGAGAUGCUAUAUGGCCUUACGGAUUUGCGGAAUUUAACAUUAAGGACACACAACAUUAACUGGCCAGCACUAAGUCUCCAAAUUGAUGCUGAAACCUUCCUAUAUGUGAAGAAUUUGGAACGAUUGGAUCUCAGUCAGAACAAUAUGUGGUCUCUCCCGGAGAAUCUCUUCUGUAGCCUCACAGCACUGACCUUCCUCAAUAUCAGUGGGAAUCGUCUGCAGGAUGUGAAUGAUUUGGGAUUUCGAGAUAAGUCCCUCCCCGGUGGGAAAGAUGAGGCAACCAGUGCACCAACAUCCUUGCCAUCACCUGCUAUUGCCCCCAAGGUCCCUUCAUGCAAUCUUGACCUGGAAUCCCUCGAUGUUUCCUUCAAUCACUUCAUCCUCCUUCCGGCAAAUGGCUUUGGCACCCUCAAACGCCUGCGACACCUCAAGAUAAGUGACAAUGAGAUCUCAAUGGUGGCCGAUAGGGCACUUGGGGGCUUAAAGAAUCUCCAAAUUCUCGAUAUGAGCUCCAAUAAAAUUGUUGCCCUACCAUCGGAUCUCUUUCGUGACCCCGCUCAAGCAAUCCAAGAGGUCUACCUGCACAAUAACUCCAUCUCAGUCCUUGCCCCAGGACUCUUUGCAAACUUGGAGCAGCUGCAGGCAUUGGAUUUAGGGAGUAAUCAACUAACAUCCACCUGGAUUAACCGGAACACCUUUGCAGGACUCAUACGUCUUGUCCUGCUGAAUUUAUCCAACAAUCGCAUAACAAAGCUCGAACCUGAGAUCUUUUCGGAUCUGUACACUCUACAAAUUCUCAAUUUACGCUACAAUCAACUUGAAACAAUCGUUGCAGACACCUUUAGCCCUAUGAAUAAUCUUCACACUCUCCUGUUGUCGCAUAAUAAAAUUAAAUUCCUCGACGGUUACUCCCUCAACGGGCUCUACGUCCUUUCGCUGCUUUCGCUUGACAAUAAUGUCCUAGCUGGUGUCCAUCCUGACGCCUUCCGCAAUUGCAGUGCCCUCCAAGAUCUCAAUCUUAGUGGGAAUGAACUUGGAACAGUUCCAUCGGCCCUUAAAGAAAUGCGACUGUUAAAAACCGUUGAUUUGGGUGAAAAUAAAAUCAGUGCGAUUGAAGAGGAUGCCUUCAGGGGGAUGAAUAACCUGUAUGGGCUGCGCUUGAUUGAGAAUCAACUUGAAAAUAUAACAAGGAGUGCCUUUCGUGACCUGCCAAGUUUGCAAAUUCUCAAUCUUGCCCGCAAUGCUAUUAGGCACAUUGAACCAGGGACCUUUGAGAUGACCUCCAAUAUUCAGGCAAUACGUCUUGAUGGGAAUCAACUUGUGGACAUCACGGGGCUCUUUGCGAACAUGGUGAGUCUCAUGUGGCUCAACAUAAGUGAUAAUCAUUUGCGUGCUUUUGACUAUGCUCAAAUCCCCAUUGGGCUGCAAUGGUUGGAUUUGCAUAAGAAUGAUCUGGUUGAGUUGUCCAAUCGCUAUGGGCGUGAGGGGCAGCUGCACUUGCAAACGCUCGAUGCCAGCUUCAAUCGUCUGCAACAUGUAGGACCAACAAGCAUCCCAAAUGGCAUUGAGCUGCUAUUCCUCAAUGAUAAUCUCAUAACGACCAUUGAGGCGCAUACCUUUAUGGAGAAACCCAAUUUAACUCGCGUUGAUCUGUAUGCAAAUCAAAUAACAGGCUUGGAGCUCAAGGCUCUUAGGCUCCUGCCUAUUCCUGCUCAUAAAUCCCUCCCGGAAUUCUAUAUUGGUGGGAAUCCUUUUGUGUGCGAUUGCAACAUUGAUUGGUUGCAGAAGAUUAAUCAACAAUCAACACGGCAGUAUCCGAGGAUAAUGGAUUUGGAGACAAUUUACUGCAAGCUGCUCUACAAUCGCGAUAGGGCCUACAUUCCGCUCCUAGAAGCUGAACCAAUGCACUUCCUGUGCACCUACACAACGCACUGCUUUGCCCUGUGCCAUUGCUGUGAAUUCGAUGCUUGUGACUGUGAAAUGACCUGCCCCAAUAAUUGUACGUGCUUCCAUGAUCAAAGUUGGUCCACGAAUGUUGUGGAGUGCUCUUCAGCUAGCUACACUGAAAUGCCAGCAAGUAUUCCCAUGGACACAACUGAGGUAUACAUUGAUGGGAAUGAUUUGGGUGGGCUUUUUGGACACAGCUUCAUCGGAAGGAAGAACCUCAAAGUUCUCUUUGCCAAUAAUUCAGCCAUUCAUGAUAUCUCCAACACCACCUUUGCUGGGCUACGACGACUCAUGUACCUCCAUUUGGAACACAAUAAGCUCACAAAGCUUACAGGAGGUGAGUUCAGUACACUUGAAAGUCUAACCGAACUCUACCUGCAGCACAAUCGUAUUGCCUACAUUGAGAAUCGUACCUUCAUUGAAUUGCGAAAACUUGAGGUACUCCGCCUCGACGGGAAUAGGUUGCAUCAUUUUGAAGUUUGGCAACUUGCCCUCAAUCCGUACUUGGUUGAAAUUGGCCUUGGGGAAAAUUCCUGGUCAUGCGAAUGUUCCUUCCUAACGAAACUCCGUGCGUACGUUAAUACGAAUAGUGAGAAGAUCAUCGAUGGGCAACGCAUAACGUGCAUUUAUAACAACCAUACGAGUGUGUUGGGGGAACGAAAUGGGACAAAGUGUGUGAAAGAGGGGGAAACAAUCUACGGACGCGUACAUGAAAUUGAAGAUCUUCUGCCACUCCUCUUGGCAGCUACGUGCGCCUUCGUUGGAUUCUUCGGACUCAUCCUGGGUAUCUUUUGUUAUCGGCGUGAGCUCAAAAUGUGGGCUCAUACCCAAUGCCUGGCUCAUAUUUGCUACAAAUCCAGCAAUUUUGUCGAUGACUUCGACAAGGACCGGCUGUACGAUGCCUACUUAACGUACAGCCUCCAGGAUGAACACUUUGUUAACCAAAUUCUCGCAACAACCCUCGAAAAUGACGUUGGUUACCGCCUAUGUCUGCACUAUCGCGAUUUCAACGUCAACACCUACGUAGCUGAUACGAUCAUUGAAGCCGUUGAGAGUUCCAAACGGGCAAUUUUGGUGCUUUCGAAAAAUUUCCUCUACAACGAAUGGUCACGAUUUGAAUUCAAAACUGCCAUCCAUGAAGUACUAAAGCGUCGUCGAAAGAUCAUCUUUGUCCUGUACGGUGAUCUCCCACAGCGCGAUAUUGAUGCCGAUAUGCGCUUGUACUUGCGCACAAAUACCUGCAUUGAGUGGGAUGAUAAGAAAUUCUGGCAGAAGUUGCGUCUAGCAUUGCCGCACAUUCGUAAGAAUCACUGCCUAGCCAAGCGGUCAGCCGUUAACAUCUAUGCAACGGCGCAUGAUUACAACACAGCACGACGUUUGAAUGUUGACUGCCCAACGGCUCAGCGUUUGGAGUGCAACAGCUAUGCAACAAUUGGUAGCUGUGGACGUGGGUGUGAGACGUAUGAUCCAGCUGUUGGGUGCAAGUAUCCAGCAACAGCAGAGCGUCGAUCGCAUCAUCAUCGGCAGAAGCCAGAGCAGCGACAGCACGAGUACGCCGUUCCUAGUGGUUGCCUCCAACAACCACCGGGUAUUCCGCUCAAGUUCACCGAUCCACUCAGUGAGAACUUCGACGGUGGCCCAAAGUAUCCGCACAAGUUGAUGCUACCGCAAACGGGGACACUCUCCUCCACCAAUAACAGCGAAUGCAGCCGCUCUGUGUCGUCUCAGGGUGCCCUAAGUUGCAGCUCAGCCGGCAGUAGUGUCCCAGUAGCUGCCACAGCAGCCCCACAGACCCCAUCGGGGCAACCGCAGCAUCAUCAUCAACCACCAAAUGGCUACUUCAGCCGUAGCAGCAAUUGCUGCUGUGGCCAAGCCUGCGGGGAUGCGUGCGCAACAACCAAACACGGUGAUAUGAACUGCACACUGGGUGAUACAGCUCAGAGCAACUGCAUCGACAGAAGACUGCCACAGGCAAUGUGGGCGUAACGUUUACUUAAUUACAGGUUAGUUUUCUAAAUGAAAAGAAAAAACGCUCAUUUUCAGACUGUUCAUUUUUCACUUAAUUGUUUUUAGUUCAUGUAAUGUAUGAAAGAAAUGAGACUUAUUGAGGUAUUUUUUGUCACCUCAUCAGGGUUAGUUCUUAUUUUUCCUUCAUUUUGUAAAAUUAUCUGCUCAAUCAGUGAAUAAAAAAUUAUUUGAAUGUUCAAUUUUUCGAGGGGGAGACGUUUUGUGCUUUUAUUGAUUUUAAAAAUGAAUUUAAAAGUAAUUUGUUGAAAAAAAAAUGUGAGGUUAUGACGAAGGCGUCCUCUUGGGGUUUACAAAUAGCUUCCGUGUGAAGUUGUCUGCAAUUAAAAGGCUCCAAAAACCAAAUAAAAUUCAAAUGAUUUUUUAAGUAGAACCUAAUCAUUAAUUAAAAAUGUGUUUUUUAUGUGAAAGUAACCACUAAUAACAUAAAAUUUAUUUAUUUCUGAAAAGAACGACAUGGUAAA